CACGUUUUUGAUUUCUUGUGAGUUUCUGUAGAAAAACCCGAAAUCUGUUAAGAUACUUAAAAUACAAGUCGUAACCAAUUAUCCACGGUUUAAUGAUGCUAUAAUACGUUGUUCCGUCAUGCGACUUUAUGGUUGACCGCCCUUAUAUCUCAAAACAAUCUCUAACAAUUCCUUUUUUAUACAUAACGCCCUUUGCAAUAAUUGGAUAACGCUGAAGGUAUUUAAAAGUGACAUUUGUUCAAUGUCUGUUUGUGAAUCAAAUGAAAAGCCCUACUCAAGGAGUUACAUCGACCUAGAAAACUAUGAUAAAAAUGACUUAAAAAUACGUAUUAUGCAGUGGAACAUGCUUGCUCAGGGCUUUAUUCCGCUGGAUGAAUUCAUAUACUGUCCUUGUAAAAUGUUAUCGUUUGAACGUAGAUGUAAAUUAAUCAGUGAGGAAAUCCUGCGUUAUAAUCCAGACGUUGUUUGCUUACAAGAAGCAGACAUAAUUAAAGACAUAGUAAAAUGUCUCAAUGAGAAAAGUGGGGGAGAUAAUUAUUCGUUUUGUUUUCUACCAAAGAUGUCCUCUCCUUGCUUGACGGUUAAAAAUAAUCACGGGCCUGAUGGACUUGCUGUUAUUUAUCGGAAUGAUAAUUAUGAACUGAUAAAAUCUGAAAAGAUUCCUCUCAAUGAAGACAGUUCACGUUACGCUCUUUUUUGUCACUUCAUACCUAAAGUUGUUGGGCACUUAAACAAGAGCUGCUCUGAUAUCUACCUAAUUUGUCUUCACCUAAAAGCUAAAGUACAUUGUUGUGAGAUACGAAGAAAACAAGGAGAAGAACUUGUUAAAUAUUUAAAUUCAUUUAUCAAGCGUAUUUCUUCCACUUCUGCACCUCUAAAUAGCACUGUGUUUUCUCCUAUUUUUAUUUGUGGUGAUUUCAAUGCUGAACCUACGGAACCAGUAAUUAAUAUGUUACAAAAUUUCUCUCUGAAUUCUAAUACAUUGUACAAACUCACAAGUGCUUAUUACACAGCAGGUGGUUGUAAAGAGCCUGAAUUUACAACAUGGAAAAUCAGAAAAAGUAAACGAAUUGUAGAACUUACCGAAGACUGUCACACGAUUGAUUAUAUUUGGUACUGUGAUCGAUUAUGCACUUUGCUAGGUGUUUGGUCUAUUCCAUCCAAAAAUGAAAUUGGUCCUAAUGGUCUACCGUCAGCUAUAUUUCCAUCAGAUCAUAUGAAUCUAAUUGCAGAUUUCAGUUUACGUUUAUGCAAGUAGUAUAUAGUCUUCUUAUUUGAUCUAUCAUUUUCUGAGGUAAACAUUAAUUUAAUCAUAUUUACUGCUUGAAUUGGUUUUGUCGUUGAUUUAAAUUUAGUUUAAUUUAGCUACAAAUCAACUAACUAACUUUGAAUGUAAAUUCGCAUGAAAUAAGAAAUCAAUUACUUAUUAACGCUUUACUGAAAUUCUAUCUUUAUGAUCUUUAUUAAAUAAACUUUGUAAAUAUUUUUUGACAAUCUACUUCUUUAAAGCCUAACUUCUAAGUUUCAUUUUUCCCCGUUUAUAUUUGACUUCAGCACUAGUUACUUAAAAUCCUAUAUAUUUUACUUUAUAUACUUGAGGAAAUAAAAUUAAUUAUGUUGUCACUUUAUCAUAGCUAAAAGUCAUGAUUAGUUAGGUGAUUUCGUUUCUAACAAUUACACUGACUGUAAUUCACAUCUUAGUCUCAUAGGCAUUGAUAUGUUUACAUUCAUUGGACGAAUAAAUUGUAAUACUGUAUCCCUCUAUAAAGCUCACAUUUCAGAACGGGAAAGUUACAAGAAGUUGUUUGACAAAAUGUUUUGUUCCCCUGUUAUCGUUGAACAAAUAUGCGUUGCAUGAUAGUUAACAUAUAUAUAGUUAUUAGAAUGGGAGUUUGUGGAGAUUGGAGUAAUUUAAUUGUUGAAUUCAUGAACCGAUUUAAGCCAGAC